CGGCGGCUGUGGGCUGUGGUUUACUGAUCCCCAUGCAGACGAUACCGGACCAUGGAGGCCGCUGCGAAUCGCUUACAGAAGGAGGCUAAGGGAUACUUGGACUCAUUGCGAGCCAUGACGGCUUCGCAGAUGCGCAUUGCGGAAACGAUAGAUGCUUUCUACGGUGAUGCCGGGGCCAAAGACGGCGUGAGCAGGAGCUACAAACAGGCUGUCGAAGACCUGGAUGCCGAGACCAUCAAAGCACUGGAUGGUCCUUACAGGACAACCGUGCUUGAUCCGAUAUCCCGCUUCUGUGCAUACUUCCCUGAUGUUAACGAGUGCAUCAAGAAGAGAAACAACAAGCUGCUCGAUUACGAUGCCAUGAGGGCCAAAGUGAAGCGACUGGUCGAAAAGCCCGACAAGGACGCUACGAAGCUGCCUCGCACUGAGCGAGAACUCGAGAUGGCCAAGCAGGCGUACGAACAGCUGAAUGAACAACUAUUUACUGAACUUCCUCAACUUAUUGACUUGCGUGUUCCGUACCUCGACCCCAGCUUUGAAGCCCUGGUGAAGAUACAACUGCGCUUCUGUGCGGAAGCAUACUCUCGUAUGGCUCAAGUGCAACAGUAUCUCGAUGCCGAGACAAGAGACCAAUACGCGCGGGGUGAUUUGGAUAACAGGGUAGAAGAGGUUCUCCAGGAGAUUCGGGAUUUAAGCAUAGCGGGUACUGUUUAAUGUUUUCUUCGUGUGGUCACUGAACGUGAUCCUUGAUACGUUUGUGCGCAAUAUAUCAUCCGAUUUUAUCUUAUUCUUAACAAGUCAAUAAUGAUUGCCGCUGGGAAAUCCAACGC